GCGAUAUUUAGUCAAACUAAGAGGGUCCUCCUUUUUGGUCUAGUGGAAAAAGUCCAACAUAUUUCAUGAGAUCACAUGACACCAAAAGGCAUCACUUGCAUCCAUAUCCUACAUCUAACCUCUCAACCAUGCACACCUUCUCCUACCCACACAUACUAUCACACACCUGUAGGCACACCUCUUAUUCAGUCUCUCGCGCCUCGCUGAGAGUAUAAAUUUCUCUCCCUAGAAAAUCAUUGUUUCUUUUUUUCACUAACAGUUCUGAUUUUUCUGUCGUAUCGAUGCCUCAUUGGGGCAAUGUGAUGUCAUGAAGAUAAGGCAAAAGUCGGUUUGCGAUAACUGUCGGAGGCGUAAGCUGGGAUGUGAUGGAAUGCGCCCGGAAUGCACGCAGUGCAAAUGGAGCCAACAAGCCUGCCCUGGCUACCCCGAUCCAUGGACUUUCAUGCCACCUCAGGUAUCGGGGUCACGAGAUGCCCAAUAUAAUCUCAGCUCAGCGGACCUCGCAGCAAAGCCAGCCUCGAUAAUAGAUACUGGGCUGUCUAACGCAAACGACAUCCAGCCAGACCACCGAGAUCAUCCAAAUAUUGUCACAAAUCCACCUUUUGAAGAUCCAUCGGGCAAUGACUUCGACAGAUAUGUGGCUCGCAUAAUUGAAUGCUAUAUGCCGGUCGUGGAGCAAGGCCGGGCAGACAGCAACCCUGUCGAUAGCCAGCCACGAAUAUGUGGUUCAUGGGUUGAAGUGAUGCCCAAGAUGAAAAAUGACAGACAUCCAGAAAACACCAUGGAGUUAGCUGUCAGAGCCUUUGCUCUCUCUCUUGAUCAGACUGGACAGGACACUUCGACCGCGUACCGAAAUAUUUUCCAUGCCUACGAAUGUGCUCUUGGGAGCCUGCGGCGUCACUUAGCUCGGCCGGCAUGUCAAUUUCAAGCAGACAUCGCCAUUGCUAUAAUGUGUCUUGGCUUGGCAGAGGUUCGAUUCUUUCUCAAAUCUACGGCGAUUCUUACAUGAAGCCAACACGUGAUUAGCUGAUGAUCCCGGAAACUCCUACAGGAUUGACACCCCAUAUUAGAGGAGUUGGGAGCUUAAUCUGUGCCGAAGGACCACAAGCCUUUCAACGCGACAUAUUUCAUAAGCUCUACGUUGGCUAUGUGCCUCUCUUGAUCAUCGACUGUUUUCUAUCACGUAAGCCUAUGUUCAUCGCAGAGAGAAAUUGGCAGCACGAGCCGUUCACUUUGAACAUGCCAUCACCAAU